AUCCUGUGGAGCGUCUAAAAAGUCUCUCGGUGACCACGACUGCCAGAGGUCAUCGAUCACUUUCAAGUCACUGAGGGCGACUCCAACUUUCCUUGGUGGUCGACAACCGCAUAGGCGCUUCCACUAUUCCAAUGGGCGGCGACAACCUCAGAGAUCUCGUUGGAGAAGUAUACGAUGAGUAUAUUACCAACGAGGUGCCUAUCCAUCUACUUCAUAUCAGUGGAGGUGGUCAGGAGACGAAUUUCAAACUAGUGGACAGGAACUUCGUCAAGGAGCACUUCAAAUCAGUGCCCGAUGAGAUUUACGGAGAAUUCCGUAGCGAAUGGCUCGUGGAUAGGGAGGGCAGUAUCAAGGCGCGGGUGAAGGAGAAACUCAAAUAUGCCAUCUUCUCCCAUAGAUGGCUGCCCAAAGAACCAUCGUAUCAAGAUAUAUCGAAGGAGCCGAUGAAAGUCCGGGCCGACCUCGAGCCUGGGUGGGAGAAGCUUCAAGAAUUUUGCCGUAAAGCAAAGGAUGAUCAUGGUUGCGAAUUUGCCUGGUCAGAUAUAUGCUGCAUAGACAAAACAAGCAGUGCAGAGUUGGACGAAUCCAUCCGCUCGAUGUUUCGCUGGUACAGGAAUUCCCAUAUAUGCAUCGUCCACCUGUCGGAGACGGCAGACCUUGCGGCUCUUGGGAGGCAGCAGGAGAAUGGAGCGCAGACCGAUAUUUGGUUUACAAGAGGAUGGACGCUUCAAGAGCUCCUUGCUCCAUCGCAAAUCAAGUUCUACGGAACGGAGUGGGAGCCCCUCAUACCCCUUAACGAAUCCAAGACCGACAGAGUCAGCAAACGCAUCAUGCUAAAUAUAGAAAAAAUCACGCACAUUCCUCUGAAAGAUCUUCAAUUGUUCAUCCCUGGCACCAAUCGAGUGCCGGAAAAGAUGUUGUGGGCAUCGAAGAGGAGAACGACACGCAUCGAAGAUAUUGCAUAUUGCCUCAUCGGAAUAUUCGAUGUCAGCGUCAUGAUCGCGUACGGCGAGGGGAACAGGGCCUUCUUCCGUCUCAUGGAGGAGAUAAUGAAGAGAUACGACAAAUGGGACGUGUUUCUCUGGAGCGGCCGUUGUUCCCACUACAACACGGCCCUCCCAUACGCUCCACGCUGUUAUCCUGUGGGAUAUACUGAAAUGCCUGUGAAGCGCCGACACACAGCAGACAAUGAAGGAGAGAUGAAUACAGCAAUCUACAAGAUUGGAGAUAGCCUCUUUGCCUUGACCAAUCACGGCCUCCGAGUCAAGGUGCUCUUACUGGGUGUCGAGUUGGAGGACAUAACAGACGAAUCGCACAACUCGAGAUGUCUUUCGUUCAAGCACGCGGAGUUCCGGGUGCAGGUGAGGCACAUUGGCGCAAAGCGCGAACCUCGCACCACCGUCUGGGCAGUAGGUGUCCUGGACUACUGGGUUGAUGUCAGUGGGAAUGGUUUCAUCGACGGGAUCAGGAAAGAGCCAUUUACCGCGUUUCUAUUGUCCAAGGAUGGACACGCGUCUCCACUAGAUGCAAGGUGGAAGAAGGAGAUGACAGAGAACGUCAUUAAAAUUCAACCAGGCCGCGGCCACGUAGGACACCCUUUGAUCCAGUUAUACAUACGUUGAUAUAACUUCUCUUCUUCUACUCACUUAAACUCUCGUGCAUGUUCUUGAUAAAUUUCUGAUCAACCGUCAUUUAUUACUGUACUUACUGAGCGCGAUCGAAGGUGUAGCGUCGGAGUUGCAAAGACCUUUCGUGAAGACUUAGUUGCAUGUCGAUCUACCAACACUUUAGUUCCUCGUCGGCCCUCUAUUCUUCUCCAGUACUUAUUAUA